AUGUCUGUAUAUACGAGAAAAACAAACCAUAUUCAGAAGAACCUCACCAGGACAGAAGAACAGGCACUUAAUGAACUAAUUAAAGACUCAUCUUCAUCAAACCUGCAGACAAGGGGGGUGCUGUGGUCGUUUUUACACUAUGAAAAAUACAAAGAAGAGAUUCAGAAACAACUCAGUAAUUAACGUUUGAUCCCACACAGGUGUUCCAAAGGGAUAUUAGCUGAAAUCUGGAGCAAGCCCUAUUAAACAACCUUAUCUCAAAACCUGAAUAUGAAUACCUUUUCUGCAAAUGUGCCAUAUGUCCAUGCCUGUACAUUUUGCCUAAUUUACACAAACCUAAAACACAAGGCAAUUAUCCAGGCAGACCAGUGGUUGCAAGAAUAGGCUCAAUGCUAGAGCCAUUGUUGAACUUUGUAGACUCUUUUAUUACAUCUCAUGUAAAAAGCAUUGCCAUCAUAUGUGAAAGACUCUAUAGACUUCAUAAAUAAGAUCUCACCAAUAACGGGAUUAACAGAAGACUGUAUUUUGGUCACAUUAGAUGUCGAGAGUCUAUAUACCAGCAUUCCCCCCAUGUGGGGUCUGGCAGCCCUAGGUCACUAA